UUGAACCAUAAAUAUCAUUUUUUUCAGGUGAAGGCACUUCCAAGAUGACCCUUUGCACCGUGCCGAUCGUUAGUACAAAGCCCAUCAGAAGACAAGGAAGGCCUCCUAGCGGGAAGUCAUGUGUGGGGUCGGGAAAAACCAGGGAAAUGUCCGCCAAGGUCAGAUCCUCCUACAGGCGUAGCUUGGAUCCCUCAGAUAAUUCAAAUGACAGUGGGAUUUGCAACUUCAGCGAACACCACUUGGAGCCACACCACCACACUUUGGACAUGGCAGAGAGGUUGUCAUGGACAGGUGAGAGGGCCGAAGCUAAAAGGCCCAAACUCGACAUAAAAUUGGAAAACGAAGAAAUCAACGACUCUUAUUGCUUUCCAGAAUCUGCUCGAAGCUGUGAAGACAACAUAUCCUUGAUCAGAACUGCACCUGUCGGUACAGUACCUUCGUUAAGUAUAGUAAGUAGUACUAGUACUUCACCAGCAAAGUCGGGACCUAGGUGUACACCACUUUCUAAUAGACAACCUUCUACUGGGCCAGUACCUUUGACUACACAACUUUCCUCCUCGUCACGAUAUACGGAUGUUUCCCUAACCAUAAUAAAACAACCAGAACAACAACACAGAGCGAGAUAUCAGACUGAAGGCAGCAGAGGUGCGGUUAAAGACAGAGAUGGAAAUGGUUUUCCUAUAGUACAAUUGACUGGAUAUCAUCAACCGGCAACUCUACAAGUAUUUAUUGGAACAGACGUAGGCAAAGUAUCCCCACAUAUGUUCUACCAAGCCUGCAAAGUGAGCGGCAAGAAUUCAACUCCUUGCCACGAGAAAAAAAUCGACGGAACCUGUGUGAUAGAACUCCAAUUAGAUCCUGCCAAAGAGAUGUUCGCCACUUGUGAUUGCGUGGGCAUUUUGAAAGAGAGGAAUGUCGAUGUUGAACACAGGUUUCCGGAUCAGUUGGGAAACCGGAGUAAAAAGAAGUCGACGAGGUGCAGGAUGAUCUUCAGGACAAUGAUCACCCUCGGUGAUGGUACUCAGGAAACAUUGCAAGUGUGUUCUCAACCUAUAGUCUGCACUCAACCGCCAGGUAUUCCAGAGAUUUGCAAGAAAUCUCUGACAUCUUGUCCGGCCAGCGGUGGACUAGAGCUAUUUGUCAUUGGUAAAAAUUUCCUAAAAGACACUAAGGUCGUUUUUCAGCUGUUUGAAGAUGGCCAUGUUCGAUGGGAACAAGCAGUAGCGCCAGAUAAAGAAUAUUUACAGCAGACUCAUUUUGUUUGCGUUGUUCCUCCCUACCGCAGACCAGACAUAACUGAACCGGUAUCGGUUAGGUUAUGUGUGGUGUCGAGCGGUAAAACGAGCGAAUCGCAUCAGUUUGUAUAUACGCCCGUUAAUGGGUCUAUGCCCAGUGUUCUCAUCGAUCCUCCGACUACACAACCAACACCAUUUUUUUGGCAGUCAUCCCUAAGCAAACGAGAGCAAGAUCUAGACAUGAUGCCCCCUCCUGAAUCCAGCCUUGUUCCAAUGGCGACUAGACGGCCUUCCAUUAGUUUGCCAUCUUCGAGUGAGGACCAUCCUUCCCCUUUGCAUGCCUUGAAGCAGGAAUACAUGGAUGAAAAUAGUCAGUGCUCCACUAUCGAGCAGGAGAGAUACAGACAUUUGUCCGAAAGUUCCCUUGACGUUCAUCACGGCGACUCUAACAUUUCGAUGAUAAAUGAAAACUCCAUGGACAUGCUUAAUCAGAGUUCGAUGAUGAGUCAUAUGAAUGAAAAUUCUAACAUAAGUGUUGGUAAUGAGAAUAGUGUCGAAAUGAUGGUUCGUCGAAAUUCAGUCAGCCAGUCGAGUCUGACCAAUGAUGAUAGUGUUGACAUCAUUUCACAUAGAGAAACCGUGAACAGACAGGUUACAUCAAUUUGUGAGAAUUCGAUGGAUUGUGCCCACUCAAAUUUGUCAAUAGUGAAUGAAGAAAGCAGUUGUAGUACUUCCACACAACCUACAGUUAGUGAAAGAACCAAUAUUCCUCAACACACUGGACUUCUCACAAAUCACGCAUUGGAGAAAGUAAUUGAUCUGAGAAUGAAGAUGCCAAUAACGCCAGUUGAUCUUGUUAAUACAACUGCAACAUCUAUCACAGCUCUGCAGGGUUUCGGCAUUGAGCAUUCUACUGAACCAUUGCCUAAUCAGAGUGGACAAAGUGUAGAAAAUUAUUUGACUAGGAUUGAAGCAAAACCAUCUGUGGUUCCGUUCAGGAAUCCAACUGGAUUGUUAAUGAAGAAUGAUCUCAGCACGAAGCUAUCUCAAAUAAUUUCAGCAGAUUCCAAUGUUUUCCAGUCUCAAAAAUUGCACAUGAUGCCGAAUCAAAACUGUGGAAUGUUGAACACGUGUGCUAUGUCACACUUGAGCACAAACACAACCGUUUCGGGGCGAGAUCCAAUAUUUUUGAGUUCCUCCCGUCCAUUCUUGUCCUCCACUAUCACACAAAAUGAAGCUGUCAAUAUCGUGGCCAAGUCGGAAAGUGCUGACAUAGCUGAACAAUCAACACGAGAGCAGACUGAUACCAUGGCAUCUUCAACCAUCACCACGAUCGCUACUGCUUUGGAAAGAAGUAUCCCCACGCCUAUCAAUACUGAAAGGCUUGACGCAUUAGUGAACUCCACCGUGGAGACCCAUCUCAGUCCCACUAGAAAUGACACAUCACCUAAAGACUUGCUCAUUAAUAAUAUGGCAUUGGUAACGGCGAAUGAUACUGUUGCCAAUAGUAUCAUAACAUCACAAGAUGUAAUGUUGAAUCCUCAAACAAACCUGAUGGUGCCACCGAUGAUAAAUACAAGAAUGGCUUCCCCACAAGAGAUGAGUAAUGUGCAUACCUCACCGAAUCUGACUUCUGAAGUAAUUUUGAAUUCACAAAUUUCACCAAGCCUGAUGUGUCGAAAUACAAAUGGUUUGCAACAAGAAGGGUUACUGACUGCUCCUAAUUUGAGUUUAUGUCAGUCGAGUAGCAAUGUUGAGUCAGCGCUGAUUCCUGGCAGCAUUGCCCCAUCACAACAGCCACUUAUGGUUCCAAACACUACUCAGAGUUCUUCGGAAGCUUUGGGUUCUUUGACCUCACCUAUUUCAGUGACCCUUGCCGCUGAACCUGAGAAAGCACUUUUACUGAAUGCUGCUGUUGACUUCUUAGAAACGCAACAGAAACUGAAUGAGAUGGAAACAACUACUUUACCUUCAACCACAACGAAUAACACUCUAAGUCAAUUACAAAGUAGCAGUAAUAGCUUUGCACAACCGUUUCCCACAACGAUGAAUUCUUCAAUUAACUGCAAAGAUCAAAAGUCUGAAUAUAUCCUACCGAUAUCUGUCAAAGAUAUCACUUCUACUGUGCACAGUGAUAAGAAAAAUGAAGAUAGAAUGAUUCCUCAAUCAUUUACUUCUCUUACUGAGAAUGAAUUGAUAAACUUUAUCAAUCCUAGUUGUUUCGAUCAAGGUAAUAAUAACUAUCACUGA